AUGGAAGCGGAAGCCAUCCCCGGAAGAAGGAACAGCAUGUGCGAAGGCCUGGAGGACCCCCCAUCCCUGGACACAGCCAUCCAGCAUGCCCUGGCAGGCCUCUAUCCCCCUUUUGAGGCCACGGCACCCACCGUCCUGGGUCAGGUGUUCCGUCUCCUGGAUUCUGAUUUCAGGGGCGAUGGACUGAGCUUCCUCCUGGAUUUCCUGAUCCCUGCCAAGCGCCUGUGUGAACAAGUGCGUGAAGCAGCCUGUGCGCCCUACUCACACCACCUCUUCCUGCACGAGGGCUGGCCGCUGUGCCUGCGGGAUGAGGUUGUGGUCCACCUGGCACCCCUCAAUCCCCUCUUAUUGCGCCCAGGUGACUUCUACCUCCAAGUUGAGCCCCGGGAGGAGCAGUCUGUCUGCAUCACGAUCAAGUGCCUCUCUGUGGACCUCCGCACAGUGAACACGAAGCCUGUUCUUCAGUCAUCCUACCCUAUACUUUUCACCCAAGCAUGGCUGGAGGCCAUCAACAGUGACUUUGAGGGCAGUCGCCUACACAACUGCCUGGUAGCUUCAGAAGAUGGGAUUAUCCCUAUGCCCUGGACCAAGAUAACAAGCCCAGAGUUUGUGGAUGACAGACCCCAAGCAGUAAAUGUCCUUUCCCCAGCCUGGGGGUCCCUUCAAUUAGAGGCACUGGAUUUGAGCAGCCCUCGAGAGCUGCACCAGGCCAGGUCCCCAGGCAGCCAGGUGCUGCUUGCCCGGAGUUUGGCUAAGGACAGGGGCAGGACACAUGGGAACAAGUACCCAGGACUCAUCAAGGUGGGGCAAGCUGGGCCUGGGGAGAUGGCCUUCAGGAUGGACAAUGUGGCCAGCCGGGACUUGGAGGGAGAUUAUGUAGCUCUCCUGGACUUUUCCCAAGAGAGCAGAGGAGGGUGUCCCAGUACGCAGGUGGAGACAUCCAGUGGGUGUCCUUUCGGGGCACUGGAGGAGCUAGCUGGAACUAAGGAAAUCCCUUUCUCUCAAAGGGUGCUGCCUCUCUCAGCGGCCAAUGGGGGGCCUUCCUUGGAUAAAUGGACUUGUGAGAAGCCAGCAAGCUCAGGGGAGAAACGCUGCAUUUGGGGCUUGAGGAGAAAGGUUAAUCAUAAAGUCCCCACCCAAGACUCAGAACACCAGCCCCAAGAGCCCUACCUCAGCCUUCUUAUAAACCCACUGCGUUGUGCCGUUGGCCUCGGGACAGGUGUCGCAGAAGAGCCAGCUGCCUCCCAGACACAGGGACCUCUGGGAAACUCAGAGACUAUAGUCCAGCUCAAUCCGGAACCAAAACAAGCAUCCUCUCCCAGGCUGCGCCCAGCUUCUCCUCCUGCUGCUCCAGCCCCUGAAAGCGACAUGGAAGAGGGGACCCAACAGGGAAAUGGGAGCCUUCCCAAGCCUGUGACCAGCCCCGGUCAAAACAGCUCCUCUUCUGGGUGCCCCACUCCUGGGCUCAAAUUUUCAUUCUUAAAGGGGCAGGGGCAAGUCCCUGUGACCCCGGAGGAAGCCUCGCUCCAGCAUGACGGGCCCUGGAAAGUCUUGUGUUCUCUCUACUCUCCCAAACCCAACCAAGACAAGUGCUUGGGGAAAGCUGGAACAACUCAGACUAAAACAUCUGGCCCAGACGCUGACUCAGACCCACUGACCGAGGAGAACACUGGCUUCCCAGAAGCUUCUGCAGGCCCUCCAGAAAAAGGCCCCACUCUGAAUGAGGAACCCCCAGGGCCUGAGCCCAGGAUUGGGGCUCUGAGCGUGGAGAUCUUCCAUUCCAGGAUAGCAUGCCUGCCAGGUGGACGGGACAGGGCAGGACGACCCCUGCUUCUGGUGUCGACCACAAAGGGGCCCUGGGAGGCGUCAUGGUGCACGGCUUCAGAGGUCACCAAGCUGUUCUCCUACCUGUGCACCAUCCCCAGGCCUGAAGAUAAAACCAAGGGGCUGGCGGUGGUGAUUGAUGCCAGGAAACAGCCCCCACAUCCUGGUCUGGUCAGUGCCCUGCAGGCCACCCAGGCUCUGGUCCCAACCUCCAUCCGUGCUAUGCUCUUCCUGGGGGAGAAGGAGGCUGCUUUCCAGCUGGAGGCAUUACCUGACAUCCAGGUAGAGGUGCUGACCUCACUGAAGGCCCUCAGCCACCAUGUGGACCCCAACCAGCUGCCCAUGGCCCUGGAAGGUCCCUUCCCCUACUGCCACGGCGAGUGGGUGCAAUUCUUCCAGAAGCUGGACCCUUUCCUCGCUGACCUCCGCCAGGCCUCCUCCCUGCUAAAGGCUUCCAUCAAGGAGUUUGAGAAGGAUGACCCCGCUGGAGGGGUGCAGGAGGCCUCCAGGUGUCUGAGCAAGUCCAAGGAGCUGAUGGAGGCUGUGCUGAGGGACCCAGGCCUGUUGGGCCUCCAGCGGGAAGGCGGAGCCACCCUGGCCAGGCUGCGACAGGAGGGCAGCAGGCUGAACUUCAACCCAGACGUCAGGAGCCAUCUGGCCGAAGCUGCGGCCCUGUACAGCCUCGUGGACGAACAGCUGCACGUCCUCGUCACUGUGUCCAACCACCUCCUGAGGAGGCUGGAGCUCCGUGUCCGCCUGGGCCGCCUGGAAGCUGCCAUCCACCAGGUCAGCAACUGGAUGGAGCAGGAAGGAAGCCAGUGCCUGCAAGUGCUGACCCCCAAGGACGGAAGCUUGGAGACAGUGGAGAAAGCCCACGCAGAGUUUGAGAACUUCUUCCUGCAGGCUGCGGCCCAGUACCGCCGCGGCCUGGAGCUGUGCAAGCAGGCGGCCCAGCUGGGCGCUGCAGCCGGGGCCGGGGAGGCGGGAGGAGCGGAGCUCCCGGAGCUGGCAGCCUUCGCCUUCACCCAGCGGGCCUUCCAGGCUAAGCUGACCCACUUCUACAUGGCGGCCGAGCGGCAACGCACAGACCUGGAGACGCUGCUCCACCUCCACCACUUCUGCAAGAAGGUGACCUGGUUCCACAUGGACUGCCAGGACCUGAUGGCCCAGCUCAGGUUGGGCAAAGCCCAAAGGGCCAGCCCUGGGGACCAGCGCCGUCUCCACCGCUACCUACAGCGCCUGGCGUCCGAGUUCCCUGCUGAGAAGCUCACGGCCAUGCGGCUGCAGGUGGCCUCUCUGAGCUGGGACGGCCUGGGCCAGGACCUGUGGGAGGAGGCCCGGGAGAGGCAUGAGGAGAUCCAGACCCUCCUAAAGAAGGCGCUGGCCCACUGUCCGUGCCCGGAGGGUACCCCUGCCCACCCGGCCUGCCCAGAACUCAGAGGGGCGGCCGCCAAGGACCAGGGCCUGAAUGGAGAAGUCACUUCCAAGGGAAGACGGGACCUGCCCCUCCAGGACUCACCGCGUCUGGAUCGCUCGCCAAAAUCCCGUUGGCCUCCUUGGGCCCCCAGACGCGGACAGAACAGAAAUUUCCAAGCAGCCCCUCUGCCCCAGGAAGCUGGGCAGGCUGUCGAGGCUGAUGAAGGCAGAAGCCCCCACGGCCCCCUGGAUCCUGCCCCUGAGCGUUUUCUCACUGCCCUCUUCUCCUGGCAGCGGCUCCCCAGGCAGAGGCGGCCCCCCCGGCCCGCUGGGGGCAGCUUCUCCUCAGAGGGGACAGACUCACAGGCGUCCCUGGAGGACUCACCCCACACAAGCCCCCCUGCCUCCCUCUAG